CUGCAUGAGACGUCGGAUUGGACGACGAGAGAGAGAGACUGGGAGCAUCCACAAUCUCAAAAUAUAUUGUUUUCACAAAAGUUUAAAGUUAACAAGAGAAACGAAAUUUUAAAGAUAAAAUAAAAGAAUGUAUCUAUACUUUAGUUAAAUCUACUUCAACAAUUUUUUCUGCUUACCACAAAAUAAUUCAAAAUUAAUAAUGUAAACAUUCAAGAAAUCAUUUGCAAAUUUUUUAUCCCACAGUUCGUUCAUUUAAAUUACAAAUCACAAUAGUCUGUGUCUGAAGUUUGAAGAUUUGUGCUUUGAAUAGAAUAGGUAUCUAAAAUCAGACCCAAAAAUGACUUUUAAAUUGUUGAAGAGGGCUUUUAGUUCUUCGUCAUAUCGAAGUGGUCCCCAAGUAUGUAUUGUGGGUGCUGGACCAGCGGGAUUCUAUGCAGCGAUGCAUCUUACGAAGAAAUUGGAGUCUGUUAAUAUUGAUAUAUUAGAAAAGUUGCCAGUGCCCUUUGGACUUAUAAGGUAUGGUGUGGCCCCAGAUCAUCCAGAAGUGAAGAAUGUUAUAAACCAGUUCACCAAAGUAGCACAGCAACCUAAUGUUAAUUUCUAUGGAAACAUAACUUUGGGUAAAGAUGUUCAUCUGCAUCAAUUGAGACAACAUUAUGAUGCAGUACUUUUGUCAUAUGGUGCUGAAGAAGAUAAAACCCUUGGUAUAGAAAAUGAAGAUGCAACCAAUGUUAUUGCUGCACGGAGAUUUGUAGGGUGGUAUAAUGGACUUCCUAGUGACAAAGAUUUAAAGGUUGACUUAUCUGGCCGAACAGCAGUUAUUCUUGGUCAAGGAAAUGUUGCAUUAGAUGUAGCAAGAAUAUUACUAAUGCCAAUUGACGAGCUGAAGAAAACUGACAUAACAGAACAUGCACUCUGUGCUCUGUCAGAGUCUAAAUUAAAAGAAGUAUAUUUGGUAGGCAGAAGAGGGCCUCUACAAGUAGCUUUCACCAUAAAAGAACUCAGAGAACAGCUGAAGUUGAAAAACUGUAGAACAAUAUGGAAUGACAAAGAUUUCAUUGAUGUGGACAAAAUAGUGCCAGAUCUACCGCGACCUCGUAAAAGAUUGACUGAACUUAUGUUGAAAUCAGUAAAUGAAAACCAAGCAGUAACUGAUGAUGAUCAAACAAAGUAUUUCAAACCGGUAUUCUUUAGAAGUCCAAACAAAUUCUUGGUUGACAAUAACAACCACUUGACUGGAAUUGAAUUAACAUGUACUAAACUUGUUGGAGAUAAACUGGAAGAACAGCGGUGUGUGCCUACUGGUGAGAAAGACAUAAUCAAUUGUAAUUUAGCAUUCAGGAGCAUAGGUUACAAGAGUGUUCAAGCAGAUAAAGAUUUAAUAUUGAAACAUGGAGUAGUAGAAAAUAAUAAGGGCAUUGUUGAAGAUAGUGCAGGCCUAGGAAAACUUUAUGUAGCAGGGUGGCUUGGCACUGGACCAGUUGGUGUAAUAUUACAUACAAUGGGAAAUGCAUUCCAAGUAGCUAAAGUAAUGCUUGAAAAUUUGAGCAGCACUGACAACUUUAAUAAAGGUGGUUUUACAGAAAUAAAGAAAAUAAUCACCGAAAAUAACAGCAAUGUUAUUGACUGGGGUGGUUGGGAAAAAAUUGAUAAGUUUGAAAAAGACCAAGGUAAAAUAAAAGGUAAACCUCGUGAAAAGGUUUGCAGUGUGGAAAAGAUGAUUGAGUUAGCUAAGAAAUAAGUGUUGUAAAUUUAAACUUAUAUUUUGUUAUUAUUACUUAUUAUAUUGUUUUUUCUUCACAUAUUUAUUGAAAUAGUUCUAAAAAUACCAAUUUAAAAAUUAGGUAGUGUAAGUAAAAAUUUAUGUACUUACACUAUAUGAAGGGUAAAUAUAAUAUUUAAAUGAUUGUAAUUUUUUAUAUACAUAUUUGUAAAGGUUUAUUAAAUAACUUGUUUUAACAUG